AUGGCAGCGAAACACAAGAGCGCGACCAAAGUCGGGAUGAUAGGAGGGCUAGCAAGAAGAAGAAGAGAAGAAGUGAAAGAUGGAGGCAUAUCAGAGAUCAAUGGACAUUCUAAGUCGUUAAAGAGGAGGAACAGCAUCAGCAAAGCAGCACGAGAUCCCAGAGAUGAGCCUCGUGGGAAGAAGCGCAAGAAGGCUAAGACUGAGGGUAUAGAAACCAGGUCACCUAGUCCGGUUAUUGACUUUGAUGGCCUAAGCCGGCCAAGUCGGGGGACCCGGGAACGACUUGAGGAGAGCUCCGAACAAGCAGCCGAGAGAUUGGAGAAAAUGCGAGGAGCCAUUCGUACAAUUCUAGAGUGCGUUGGCGAAGACCCAGACAGAGAAGGCGUUCUUGAUACUCCGAAACGAUAUGCGAAAGCGAUGCUUUUCUUCACAAAGGGAUAUCAACAAAACGUUAGAGACAUUGUGAACAAUGCUAUCUUCCAUGAGAACCAUAAUGAGAUGGUGAUUGUGAAAGAUAUAGAAAUAUUCAGUCUCUGCGAACACCACUUGGUACCCUUUACUGGGAAGAUGCAUAUCGGAUACAUUCCAAACAACAAUGUUAUCGGCAUUUCCAAGCUACCGCGUAUCGCCGAAAUGUUCAGCCGCCGACUGCAAGUCCAGGAAAGACUAACGAGAGAAGUUGCCAAUGCUAUCAUGGAGGUUCUAAAACCUCAGGGUGUGGCAGUUGUGAUGGAGUCAAGCCAUCUCUGCAUGGUCAUGCGGGGUGUUGAAAAGACGACUACCAGCACAAUCACCAGUUGCGUGCUCGGCUGUUUCGAAAGAAAAGAAAAGACUAGAAACGAGUUCCUCAGUCUUGUUGGGCUGAAUAGGACAUACAGGUAG